AUGAGCCAGACCACUGUUCUCGUCACCGGGGCAAACCGAGGCAUCGGCCGCGGGCUGGCGGAAGCCUUCUUGUCCCGCCCUAAUCAUACUGUCGUAGCCGCUGUUCGAAGCCUCGACACCACCCUCAAGGAGCAGAAGCCUGCAGCAGGAAGCAAGCUUGUGCUGGUCAUCAUUGAGAAUACCUCGACCAGGGAUCCAGACCAGGCUUUCCAAGACAUGAAAGCUCAAGGCAUCACUUCUCUCGAUAUCGAUAUAAAUGUGAACGAACUUCACCGCGUGUUUGACACGAAUACUGCUUCUUUCGUUCUUCUAUUCAAGUCGCUAUAUCCCCUGCUGAAGGCUGCAGCCGAUGUGAACCCUGACGGCCAUCCAAAGCUCCUUGCUAUCUCAUCUACUGCUGGGCAAAUUGUGGACAUGGAGCAGAACAUUCCAGUCAAGGUUGGAACUUAUGGAGUCAGCAAGGUUGCGCUGAAUUACUUGGUGCGCCGCGUGCAUUUCGAGAACCCCUGGCUGAUCUCGUGGGUUGUGGAUCCGGGAUUCGUCCAAACGGACAACGGCAACGCCACGGCCAAGCUUUUCGGCAUGGGAGAAGCACCACACACGAUCGCACAGUCGGUUGCAGGCCUACUGGAUGUCAUCGAUAAUGCGACGAGGUCUGGGACUUCGGGUAAGUUUUAUGGCUUUGACGGCAAGGAGAUUGCAUUCUAG